AUGUCAACAUUCGCACAUCCAGAUUACAAUAGUUCUGCUUAUAACGCAUAUCGCCCCACUUACGGACAGAAUUUAUAUGAUAAAGUAUUUUCAUACCAUAAAUCUCAUAAUGGUAAAUUUAACAUUGCACUUGACAUUGGCACGGGAACUGGACAAGUUUCAUCGGAAUUAUCUAAUUCAUUUAAUAAAGUUUACGCAACUGAUAUUUCUCCCGUAAUGCUUCAAAAUGCAAUUCAAAAAUCAAAUAUUACUUAUUCAAUCUCCACCGCGGAGGAUUUACCUCAUGGAACCUUAGCGAUUUGGGCUUAUAGUUUUAACGUUGUAAAAGAUUAUCCAAUUGUUGGUCAACUCAUGAAAAAUUUAGUUACAGAUGAGGAUAAGUUAGGUCCUUAUUGGGACAAAGGUGUAAAAUCUAUAAGUAAUUUAUAUAAAGAUUUUAAAUUUCCCGAAGAGAUGUUUCAAAAUAUUAAAUGGGAAAUUUACGACGGUGAUGAAAAUUCAGAUGUUGAACCAUUUUUGGAAGUUGCAUGGACCGUUCCUCAAUUUACAAAGUUUAUGAAGACAUGGAGCGCCUACAAAAAUUAUUUGAAAGAAAAUCCCAAUUCACCAGACAUUGUCGAUAAUUACGUUGCUGAUCUAAAACAACUUAUUGAAUGGAAAGAUCACGACGUAUUACGCAUUAAUCAUGAAAUCAAUCAUUUGGCUCGACGUAAUUUAUUGCAAGCACGUGCAGUAGUAACUGUUACGGUUUCAGCGUUAACAGCUCUUUUAGCACAACUCAUGAUGGAUAUUUACAUAUCAUACAAAAAUACGAGUGAAUUCAUAAGUGGCUUUUCGUUGCCAUCUGUUUCUUCGCCUUUUUCUUUGAUUGGAGUUUUAAUUUUUGCAGCGAUAUUAUAUUUUAUAACUUCGGAAAAAAUUACGAUAUCUCAAGCUGCAAGGAUUGUUAUAUAUUUUUUCUUGUCGAUAUCGGCUUAUAUCUCUUUUAUAGGGAAUGGAUUUCAAGCGCUAAGUCACGCAAACUUUUUUGCCGUGCCGCCAUUUAGUUAUAUCUUUGUUUCUAAAAACUUUGGAAAGCAAACCACGAUCUUAGUAGCUUACGAACAAGAAUAUCAAUCUAACCAAGAGCGAUUGCAGAAGUCAUUAGAUGAAGCAAAAUCUGCAGCGACCGCCAAAUCAAUGUUCAUUUCGAACGUUAGUCAUGGAAUACUUGCCACAGUUGAAAUUUUAGCAAAGACAAAAUUAAACGAAUCUCAACGCGCAUUACUUAACGCAAUCGAAAGUUGCGGAACAAAUUUAAUUUCGGUAGUAAACCAAGUUUUGACUUAUGCAAGAAUUGAACAUGGUAAAUUGGAGCUGGAACGAAAUGUCUUUGAUAUUUAUUCCGUUAUUCAAGAAAUAGGAGAUGGGUUGGCGCCUAUACCUGAAAGAAAAAAUUUGGAUUUUUUUGUUGGUGUGGAAAUGAAUCCGUUACAUAGGUUUCUUGUAGGAGACGUUGGGGUUUUGCGUCAAAUUAUUUUGAACCUUCUCGGAAAUUCGAUAAAAUUUACUGAUAAAGGAAGGAUUGAUUUAAUUACAAUUGAAAUAUCCGAAGACGGAGACAAAAAUCAAUCACAAGAAGCUGGGACUUCGAAACAAUUGAACUCCAUAAAAAAAUCAUUUUCUGAAUCAAAAAAUUCUUUUAGACAACCUAAUUCAGAAUUCAAACAAACCGAUAAUACUCAAGAAGGUCCCAAAGCUAAAUUUUGUAUUGAAGUAAUUGAUUCGGGACGUGGCAUUGCACCCGAAUUCAUAAAUCAUAUGUAUCAACCAUUUUCGCAGGAAGACUCUUCUUUACGGAGGAAAUUCGAAGGAACUGGACUAGGCCUUAGCAUCGUAAAAGGGCUUCUUGAUAUGAUGCAUAGUCGACUUGAAGUUGAUUCGAAACUUGGACGAGGCAGUAAAUUUUCUUUUAAAGUUGAAUUACCAAUGUCAGAUCGACUUGACGAUAUGUACGCUUCUCCUCUUCCAUUCGAUCACAAAUAUCUAAAACUUUCAUCAUCAGAACAAGAAUCAUUAACAAAAAGGCUUCGAUCCUUAUCAUAUGUCGUAUUAAAUACAAAGGACUUUAUAUUCUCACAAAGAAUAACGCAUUGCUUGGAUCAAUGGGAGUUUAAUUAUAGAUUAACGAGCAAAGAUGAAUUGAAAAUUGAAUGCACAAAACCGAAACAUGCAAAUCUUAUUAUCUUGAAUGAUAACAUUAGUGAUUUAGAAUGGUUCUUGAACGAGUUUACGCAUCGAAUAUCGAGUAAGUCGAUCAGAAAAGAAUCCGCAAAAGAAAACCAAGUUGAAGAGGAAUGUAUUAGAAAAGAUAUAGAAUUACAACAACGCGUAUUAUUUUUUGCUACAAUAGGAAAUUUUCAGGAAACCGAAAAGGUUUUAAAAAAAUACAAAUCACAAAGCGUUAUAAUAGUAACGAAACCUGCAGGUCCCGUUAAACUUUUAUCAGCUAUCAUAAAGGUUAUGGAAUCUUUACUGAAGAAAUCUGAAGAGCCAUCAAUAAGCGAGUAUCAUAAUGUAAUGAAAGUUCAAGAAGCAAAGGAAAGAUUAAUUCGGGAAGAAUACAUUAAUUUCAUUAAAGACUCAAACAUUAAUAAGAUUGGACCAAUGGAUAUGGGUGAAUUAGCAAUUAGUCCAAGCAGACUUACACCACCCAUAUUAGCUGAAGGAAUUCUAUUCGGGAUGGAUAAAGAGACAAUUUAUGAACUUAAAGAGCAAAAAGAACAAUUAGAAAGAGCGAAUAAAGGCAAGAAUAAAGCUAGAGUAGCACCGAUUAGUGAAAAGAAAAAGAUACAACAAGAUUCCAAAGAUAUAUCGUUUUUAAUCGUUGAGGAUAAUAAAAUCAAUGAGAUGAUUUUAAUAACAAUGUUAAAACAAUCAGGGUACUUUAAUUACGAUGUUGCAAAUAAUGGACUUGAAGCUGUUAAAAUGUUUUCACAGAAAUCAUAUGACAUAAUAUUUAUGGACCUUCAAAUGCCAAUAUGCGAUGGUAUAGAAGCAACGAAAGAAAUACGGAAAAUUGAGCGUGGAGAAGAAUCAUAUUUAGUACCACCUAUUACAAAAAGUCGAGAUUCAAUAUCAGAAUCUACAAAUAUUCUUGAUAAUAAAAGCGUUUGUACGGAAGAACAAAAUAGUAUUUGUAUUCGACGAAAAAAACGAAGAAAAAAGGCUAUAAUAGUUGCAAUGACUGGACUUGCUUCAAAAGUAUGA